AUACUUUCAGUUAGGUUAUUUCUACAGCCAGGUUCAGACAGACAGCUAGCCAUUCUCUGGUUUAUUUGAGUACGAAUAAUUACGGAUUAGACCAAAAAAAAAUGAAGUCUAUUCUGUCAAUCGUUGUACUUGGGCUCAUUUACAGCGCUGUGGAGUCCAAAGAAUCUCCUCCCAAGGUGCAGGUGUACAGCCGUAACCCAGGGGAAUAUGGGAAGGACAACACCCUGAUCUGUCACGUGAGUGGCUUCCACCCCCCUGACAUCAGCAUCCAGCUCCUGCAGAACGGCGAGGAGAUCCCCAACGCCAAGCAGACAGACCUGGCCUUCGAACAGGGCUGGCAGUUCCACCUCACCAAGAGUGUUGCCUUCAAACCAGCCAGCGGAGAGGAGUACUCCUGCAGAGUCCGCCACCUGAAGAAUCUGAAGACCUACACCUGGGAGGCUGAUAUGUAAGGAUCAGGAUCAGGACUUACUGGGUGCCAUUCUAUCUGUGGCCGUCCAAUCCGUACCACCCCUACACUAGUGCUGAGAUAACUAACUUCCCCUCUCAACAUGGGCUUUAGUUUUCAUUUUUGGUAACCCAAGGGGCCAGUUUCAAGGGUUUCGAAUUGAAAAUUAUUACUAAACACAACAUUAUUCGAUUUUGGGCAAGCGAUUCUUUAUUGACAUAGCAACACUGCUGAUGCACAUUCUCUCAAUCUAAGUCACUUCUUUAAUAAACGAUCAUCAAGGCUUUAUCAAGCGUUUUUAUUUUUGGAUUUAAAAAAAACAUUAAUUUCCUUGAAAUUGGUACCAUUAGAUUUGAAUACUUUUUUUCUAAAAAUGGAAAUAAAUAAAACAAACUCCAUAACUUGCACUAUUUGAAUGUGGUUUUAGCUACAAGCAAAAAUCGGUAACAGUGUAAUGUAAAGUCAGAUAUUUGAUCAACAUAUAUUUUUUUAAAGCCCAAAUAAUUUUAGAGGAGGCCCACGUGAUAUGUAUUUGUGUGACUUUUAAAUAUCAACGUCCUUUUUGGUUUGAAGUCAUUUUUAUCAACAUAACAUCUCAUCUUCUGUCUAUCCUUCAACAUUCCUGUAAAUUACCAGUUAUCAACAGUCUAAUACAUGGGGCCUUUUUACAGGAAUAUUUUUGAUAAGUAGAGAACUGUAAUUUCUUUACUUUAAAAAAAAUACUAGUUUGUUCUGUCUUUGGGUGUGAUACACAACACUGUUCUGUUGAGUUUGAUUAAAAAAUAAAUUGUAAACUAUUUACAUUAAUUGGCUAACUAUUUGAUUUAAAUGUUUUUAAUUUAAAGAAAUACAAAAUCAUUGAACAAAAAUGCACUUUUUAUGUUGUAUUCGUUGGUAUUUCUUGAUUAAAUGUCUAAGUAAGGA